AAAACCCAGGCUGAGCUGGUGAGAAAAUGGAUGGUGUUGGCCGAAACCCACGUUGAAGGACUCCAAAAAGAGGAUGGCUUGGAACCUGUCACAAAGGGCACCGAUAAUGGUUUCUUCCCGACAGCCAAGACACCCGGGUGGAGGGAGCUCCAUCGGGCAGCCAGGAGUGGAGACCUGAGGCUGGUAAAAGACCUGUUGAAGCGAGGGGCAUCUACGAACAGCAGAGACAAAAACGGCUGGACUCCCCUGCAUGUCGCUUCCUUGCACAGUUACCUCCCCUUGGUGAAGUUCCUCAUCCAGCGUGGAGCAAUGAUCCACACCGACAACAGGGCCGGUUACACACCUCUCCACCAUGCUGCCUGGAGUGGCCAUACCCAGGUCGCGGAUCUCCUCUUGGCUCGGGGGGCGCUGGCAAUGGGCACCACCCAAGGGGGCCUUACCCCGUUUCACUGUGCGGCCGCCAACGGCCACACCCUGAUGAUGCAGUUGCUUCUACGGCACGGGGCCGAUCCCAACGCUGGCGACUGUAACCAGUGGACUUCCUUGCACUGGGCCACAGCUGGCCGCCAGCUUCAUAUAGUGAAUGGGCUGAUUUCCCAAGGGGCCAACCCCAAUCUCCAAGGCAACGGAGGCAUCGCACCUUUACACAUAGCUGCCGAGAUGGGGAGAGCCGGAACGAUACGUCUCUUGCUGGCCAAAGGGGCUGACGUGGAUCUCCAAGACAACCACGGAAGGACGGCACUCUCGAUCGCGUCCAGAAACAGCCAUCAUGAGAUUGUGAAGCUGUUGCUCCAGAACCAAGCGGAUGGGAACUUAGCAGAUUCCCGCGGCUGCACCCCGCUCCACAAGGCCGCGGCUGCCGGGAGCCUGCCGUCUGUCUAUCUUUUGCUCCAAGGAAGCUCCCCUGCCAGCGUUACUCGGAGAGAUGGCCUCCUGCUUACGCCACUUCACCACGCGGUCCUCUGCGGUCACGCCGACGUCGCCGGCUGUCUCUUGGCGCACGGCGCAGAUGUGAACGCGGCUGGGUGGCUGGGCAAAACCGCUCUGCAUUUGGCGGCAGAGAUGAAAUCCAUUCCCCUGAUGGAACUUUUGAUAGCAAAUGGUGCAGACCUUAGCCAGAAGACUUGGUGGAAGGAGACCGCUGAAGACCUGGCAUUGGUGAAGAAGCCGGAAACCAGAAUUUUCUCUAGCUGUGCUCUCCCUGGGUGCCAGCAAAUGUGUAGGUAGUCUUUGACUUACGACCGUCAUUGAAGUUCUGUGGCUCAGUAAAACGGCAGUUGAAGUCAUCCUGGUCCUAUUUUGCGACUGUGAUAAAAAUCAGCCAUUCAGAUAUUCAGACCGGAGACCUGUGAACAAUAUAUAAGAGCUUUAUUAUGA